CUUAUUAUCGCAUUUGUCCAAGCUGCAGUUGAAAUGCGAAAGUUUGGCGCGGCUGGAUUUGGAGUUUUGAGGCACGUGCUUCUGACCAACGUCAUCGAAUUUGGUGCCGUUCGUCGCAGGUAAACAAUUUAUUCUUCCUCUUUGUUCCCACCGACUCAUAACUUGUGCUUCAACCCACACCAAACAGCAGAUCAGUGUCGUCCAUUAUACAGCCAUAAGCAGUUUUUGUUACGGCUAUAGAAGCAUCCUUCUGUUUUUUAUUUCUCUGGAUCGCCAUGGCCGAAUCCUCACCCGAGAUCUAUGCUACGGAUCGGCGUCGCGGCGUCUCCCGUUCCGCUUCCACUUCCUCAUCUUAUUCCUCGCUCGAAGACAGCCUCGACAGUCCGCUUGAAGAAGUCCCUAUCGAUCGUCUAUCUGUACUCGAUAUUCUGGACAACUUAGCGCUCACGACCAAGAUCAACCAGUUCAACCAGAAUGUGCGCCGGACAGGCGGCGAGAUCAAGGACAUGGCUCUUCGUUCGCGCGACCGAGUGCUUCGUGGUCGAGAAGAGGAUAUUGAUCGCAUGAAAUCUCAACUGCUGAAGAAGAUCGACAAAUGGGAAGCUAAAUGGGAGGACGCGAGACUCGUCAGUCAACGUGAAAAGAUUGCUUUUGUAUACGGACUCAGUAUAGUGUUUCUGGGGGGACUGAUCCUCGGAGGUGCCCCUGACUGGUUCCAUGUCUUUUACUCGGUGCAGAUGGUCUAUCUCAUGCCUAUUCGCAUCUACAGCUACCGGAAACGGGCUUACCAGUAUUUCCUUGCUGAUCUAUGCUACUUUGUGAACAUGUUGCUGCUCAUCUGGCUUUGGCUUCUGCCUGGCUCUCGCCGGCUCUUCCUUUCAUGUUAUUGCUUAUCUUACGGAACCUUGGCCUGGGCAGUCAUUACCUGGAGAAACUCUCUCGUGCUACAUAGCGUCGACAAGACAACCAGCACGUUCAUUCACGUUUUGCCUCCUGUCGUUCUCCACUGUAUCCAUUUCCGCCUGGAUGAAGACUACAAGAAAGAGAGGUUUGGUGGUGCAGCUGAUCUCCAGAAGCUGAUCCUGGCCGAAGGAAUGGCAUGGGCUUCAUUUUGGUACAUCAUCUGGCAGACUCUGUACCACAUCUUCAUUACCGUCAAGCGGAAGGACAAAAUCAAAGCUGGACAUUUGACAAGCUUCGAAUGGCUGCGCAGAAGUUACAAGAAUACGGCAAUCGGGAAGUUUGUCAACAGCCUUCCUGAGCCCCUUCCCGUGUUUGCGUUUAUGCUCAUUCAGUUUGGAUAUCAGAUGCUGACAAUGCUGCCGUGUCCUAUAUGGUAUAGUAGCAAGUAUCUGUCUGCCAUGUUUGUCUUUACCAUCUUUAUGAUCGCCGCCUACAAUGGUGCGACAUACUAUAUCGACGUCUUUGGACGGCGUUUCCAGAAAGAACUCAACAAGUUGCAAAACGAUGUCUCGAAAUGGCACAAUUCUUCCACUCCACCAAGUCCUGAGCUCAGUCCUCAGUCCUCAACUACUGUCGGUGCAGACGGAAAAAGUGCCGAUGCAGACGUAUCUGCCAUAGCGCUCAGCGCAACCACAUCCGGAUUGACGAGUAAUUCAGAGUCUGAUUCUCCAGCUGUCGGUGCUUCUGAUGCAGGCGAGCCAAAGAAGGAGAAAUAGAUUGAUGAGUCGUUUGGGUGGGUGAAUUCUGAUUAAAGGACAUCUCUUUGAAGUACCUUGUAUUAUUUUAUGUUGGCGUAAGGGCGCGUGUGGUUUUGGUGUAAUACUAGUUAUAGGG